GCGCGCGCCGAGUCCAAGUCCCGGGAGUCGGAGCCGUUUUCUGCGCCUUCCCUCCGCGCGGCUGGGCUCGGAUCUGCCAUGCCUCUGCGGGGCGUCUCGGUGGUGGAGCUGGCCGGCCUGGCGCCGGGCCCGUUCUGCGGCAUGGUGCUGGCGGACUUCGGGGCGCAGGUGGUGCGCGUGGACCGGACCGGCGCGGGCGGCGACGUGAGCCGCUUGUCCCGGGGCAAGCGCUCGCUCGCUCUGGACCUCAAGAGGCCGCGGGGAGCGGCGGUGCUGAGGCGCCUGUGCGCGCGGGCGGACGUGGUGCUGGAGCCCUUCCGCCACGGUGUCAUGGAAAAGCUCCAGCUGGGCCCUGAGAUUCUGCAGAGGGAGAAUCCGAAGCUCAUCUAUGCGAGGCUGAGUGGAUUUGGACAGUCAGGAAGAUUCUCCAAGCUAGCCGGCCAUGAUAUCAACUAUUUGGCUUUGUCAGGUGUGCUGUCUCUGAUCGGCAGAAGUGGCGAGACUCCAUACGCCCCCCUGAAUCUCGUGGCUGACUUUGGUGGCGGCGGCCUCAUGUGUGCCCUGGGCAUCGUGCUGGCUCUUUUUGAACGCACACGUUCUGGCAGAGGUCAGGUCAUUGAUGCCAAUAUGGUGGAAGGGGCAGCAUAUCUAAGUUCUUUUCUGUGGAAAACUCAGAAUUCCGGACUAUGGGAGCAGCCGCGAGGAGAAAAUGUGUUGGAUGGUGGUGCUCCUUUCUAUACAACAUAUAGGACAGCUGAUGGUGGGUUUAUGGCUGUUGGAGCUAUAGAACCCCAGUUCUAUAAUUUGCUGAUCAAUGGCCUUGGGCUAAAGUCAGAAGAACUUCCCCAUCAGAUGGACACAAAUCAAUGGCCAGAAAUGAAAAAGAAAUUUGCAGAUGUAUUUGCAAAGAAGACAAAGGCAGAGUGGUGUGCGAUCUUUGAUGGCACCGAUGCAUGUGUGACUCCAGUUCUGACUUUGGAAGAGGCUGCCAAUCAUGGUCAUAACAAAGAUCGGGGCUCAUUCGUCACAGAUAGAGAGCAAGGCGUGAGUCCUCGUCCAGCGCCUCUGCUGUCCAACACCCCAGCUAACCCUUUUUCCAAAAGGGACCCCUUGGUGGGAGAACACUCUGAAGAAAUACUUCGAGAAUUUGGGUUCAGCCAGGAAGAAAUCAAUCAGCUUAAAUCAGAUAAAAUUAUUGAAUGUCGUAAAAUAAAAGCUAAUAUCUAAGUUAUAAAUCAAAUGAAAUUGAAUAUUACAUUUCUAGUAUUAAAUAAUACAUAAAAUCAUGUGUUUGAAAAGAUGAAAAGAAUAUAACCAUGAUUCAAAAAGACUCAUAUGCUAAUGACUGA